ACCAGAGCCUUUCCUUGUAUACAAACAGAAGUGAAUGGAGAUCAGUAGCCUCUCUGACAUGGUUAUGGAGUUCUUUGAGGAAAGAGAAACAAAGGAAUGGCCUGAAACCUUUCUUGCCAACAAUGGCAGAGAUGAUGAUGGUGAUGAUGAUGAUGAACAUGAAGACCAACAACAACGUAAAGCCUUUUGGGAGGAACAAAACCAGCUCCUUCAGGAAGCCUUGUCCCGGUGCUGCUCGUUGGAGACUAGGAUAAGGAUGGAGAUUGAGAAAUCAUUGAGGAAAUUGAGGGAAGAAGGGUUGGUGCUUGUUUGUGUUUGUUCGAAUCGAGGGAACACCGGAGAAUGUCGGAAUUGCUUGAUGAGUUUUAUCUCCGAUCGCUUGAAGGAUGCUGGGUUUAACAGUGCAUUGUGCCUGUCAAAAUGGAGGAGAUCUCCCGACAUUCCUUCAGGGGAGCAUAGUUUUAUAGACGCGGUGAUGGAAUCAAAGAAUGGGAAAAGAGGGCCGGUGAGAGUUGUAAUUGAGCUGAAUUUUAAGGCGGAGUUUGAGAUGGCGAGGGCCAGUGAAGAGUAUAACAUGUUAGUGAAUAGACUCCCCGAGGUUUUCGUCGGCAAGACUCAGAAACUUGGCAAUGUGAUCAAGAUUAUGUGCGGGGCAGCCAAGAAAUGCAUGAAGGAUAACAAGAUGCAUAUGGCACCUUGGAGGAAACACAAGUAUAUGCAGUCCAAGUGGCUGAGUAGCUGCGAAAGAAUGCCUCGGCCUGUGCCACUGCCAAUCAGCACCGUCUCCGGCCGGCAACCAAAGCCAAGAGCCUCCAUGCUCACCUUUGAUUUGCAUUGCACUGCUGUUGAGGUUGUGUGAAUUGAUUUUUUUUUUUUUUUGGUUUUGCCUUCUUUGUAUUAAUUAACAUGCUUGGCUUGGACUGGAUUUACAGAGUGUAAUCCAUCUGUAAUUAUGAGUUGUGAAGAGGGAGUUUAAGUUCUCUGCUGUUGAUUGUUCUUGAAGCAACAUACAAUUUUGUGAAAUGUGAUCAUCUUCAGCAUCUUCUUGUUUAUUUAUU